AUUAUCUCGUUCUCUUCCAGAAGUGGGGUCAUUCGGGUCCCCUUCUUUCUCUCUCUAGGGUUCUCGAAUCCCAAUUUCUCUCUCUCCCCUCUUUCCUUCUUCAUCUAUGGCUGACGUUGAGUACAGAUGCUUUGUCGGCGGGCUCGCCUGGACCACCGAUGACCAGUCACUUGAGAGGGCUUUCUCUCAGUUCGGUGAAGUAAUCGAAUCGAAGAUCAUCAACGACCGUGAGACUGGCAGAUCCAGGGGAUUCGGGUUCGUGACGUUCAAGGAUGAGCAGUCAAUGAGGGACGCUAUUGAGGGAAUGAACGGUCAGGAUCUUGACGGGCGCAACAUCACCGUCAACGAGGCACAGUCCCGCGGAAGCGGUGGUGGCGGAGGCGGCGGGUUCCGUGGUGGUGGCGGUCGUCGUGAGGGUGGAUACGGUGGUGGUGGCCGUGGAGGCGGCGGUUACGGUGGCGGUGGGGGAUACGGUGGCGGCGGUGGCGGUGGAUAUGGAAGCGGAGGAGGUGGAUACGGCGGAGGAGGUGGCCGUGAUCGUGGAUACGGAGGCGGCGGCGGCGGCGGAUCUAGAUACUCCAGGGGAGGGGGUGCCUCAGAUGGAAACUGGAGGAAUUAAGAUUAGGGUUUGACAAGUUUGCUUUAGGUUUAUGGCUUUGUUUGUGCUUGCUUGUCCUUCGUGCUUUUGGUGGUUAUUUGGUUCAGUUUUGUCAUUUUCUCAAGUUCCUUCUUCGGUUAUGACUUUUCUUUGGUCUCUGGUUAGGCGAUGUUGCCUUGUACCUUUUUCAGAUAUCCGAUAUGUGAAAAUAUUUCGAUCAAUGAAAUUCAUUUUUGUUGGAUUGGGAUUCAA